UGCCAAAUUUAAGUCAAAAAAACUCACGUCACAACCGUCACUCUCUGAACAAGAGUCGAAAGAUCAAUUGUUGCGGCCUUUCCUUGCAGUUUAUUGAUAAUGGCGACUAUGUUACGAAGUGCCGCACUAGCCGAAAAUUUAGUUUUAAAAAAUGGCCCAAAGAUAUUGGGUUCGAUUUCUAACGGUCGCUGGCAACCACAACAACAGCAAACUAGAAACUUAAAUGUACACGAACAUAUCAGUUAUUCUUUAUUGAAAGAGGCAGGAAUAACAGUACCAAACUUUGGAGUUGCCAAAACCAAGGAAGAGGCCCGAAAGAUCGCGGAAAAACUAAACACAAGGGAUCUAGUCCUUAAGGCACAAGUAUUAGCGGGAGGUCGUGGUGUAGGACACUUUAAGAAUGGUCUUAAAGGUGGUGUUCGAAUGGUUUAUUCACCCGCAGAAGCAGAGGAGAUCGCUGGAAAAAUGUUGGGGGAAUACUUAGUGACCAAACAGACCGGAGAGAAAGGACGAAUAUGCAAUGCCGUGAUGGUAGCGGAGAGGAAAUUCCCCAGAAAAGAAUUUUACUUUGCCGUCAUGAUGGAAAGAGCUUUCAAUGGCCCAGUUAUAAUCGCCUCGUCUCAAGGCGGUGUAAACAUUGAGGAAGUCGCCGCCGAAAACCCAGAAGCUAUUAUUUACGAACCGAUCGACAUUAUAAAGGGCUUGACAAAGGAGCAAGCCGAGAGCGUUGCAGUAAAAGUAGGUUUGCAGUCGCAGAAACAAAAAACUGGUGAUAUGCUGCUGAAAAUGUACGAUCUGUUUGUCAAGAAAGACGCCCUUCUCAUAGAAAUCAACCCCUAUGCCGAGGAUGCUGGUGAGACGUACUUCUCCCUGGACGCCAAGUUCCGGUUCGACGACAACGCCCAGUUCCGCCAAAAAGAGCUGUUCGCCCUCCGCGACUGGACCCAAGAGGACGAGAAGGAGGUGGCCGCCGCCAAAUUCGACCUCAACUACAUCGCCCUGGACGGCAACAUCGGCUGCAUGGUGAACGGCGCCGGUCUCGCCAUGGCGACCAUGGACAUAAUCUCGCUGCACGGGGGCUCGCCCGCCAACUUCCUAGACGUCGGCGGCGGCGCCACCGCCUCCGCCGUCAAAGAAGCCUUCAAAAUCAUCACGGCGGAUCCUAAGGUACACGCCAUCCUCGUCAAUAUAUUCGGGGGCAUCAUGAGGUGCGACGUCAUCGCCGAAGGUAUUAUCGCCGCCGCCAAGGAAUUGAGUUUGAGGAUGCCCAUCGUGUGCAGGUUGCAGGGCACCAACGUGGACGACGCAAAGGUGCUGAUCGCGUCGUCCGGAUUGAAGAUUCUCCCUGUGGAUAAUUUGGACGAAGCGGCGCGGUUGGCGGUGAAAUUGUCCAACAUCGUCAGUCUCGCCCGUGACGCCAAGCUCGAUAUCAACUUCGAAAUGCCGCUGUAAUAAAUGAUGGGCGUUGGAUCGUGACUUUAAUUUUAAUUCCGUCUGUGUGCGGCACAGAAUUUUGGUGUUUUUGUCUGGCAAAAUUGCUGAAAAUUGUGUAAAACGUAUAUCGGGGCUUCAAAUUAUUCCGUGUAUCACCAUUUUAUCGUCGAUACGAUCUAUGUAUCUAUAAGCACUGUAAAUUGUUAAGUAAUAUUUAUUUAUAUAAAGUAAGAUUCGAGUUGAA